GGAAGGGGAUGGAGCAGCUGAGAGUGGCUGUAUCUAGGUGCUGGCUGGGAGGAGGAGAGACAGGAAGGGGGGAUAAUACAGAACAGAGGGAUCCCGCUAGCCCAUGGUGGGGCUGCCUCUCUUUCAUUACAGCUGCAAAGAAAUCCAGCUGCCUCCAUUGUGAGCCGGGAAGCUGCGCUGUGCUGGGGAGGUGGGAUCUUGCCAGCCAGGGACUUUCUCAUUGUUGCAAUUGUUCGCCCUGGCGUCCUAGCGCUGCCCCGGGCUCUGCCGACAUCAGCUCCCGCCGCAGCCUGCAGGGGCUGGUGGCCUUUGAUGUCUGUUUAUCUUACCAUGGAUCAGUGGGCUGCUGUGGAUCCUGAUCAGAAACCUUUGUGCAGGGGUGGCAUACAGGAGAACGAUGAUCCUCUGGUGACUCUGAGGCCUCACUCCUGUGCAUAUUCUUUCCUUACCCCAGCUGGGGACAGGGCAGCGAGUGAGACCGAGGAGGAGAAUCCUGGAGAGGAAGGGCCUGAGAUCGUGGAACUGGAUCCAGCGUUGCUGGGCAGGCCGGAGGGGGCUGGGGCCAGGAGCCUGGAGGAGCAGGGCCCAGCCUGUGAGAGCCUGCGCUGGACGGUGGUGCAGCAGAUCGACUCUCCCGGAAAACUGAUGCAGCGGCGGGGCAAGUCAGCUGGUGCCAGCUUCCAGAACUUCAAGAGCAUCAUCGUGCUGCAGAAGAGCUACGAGUGUGGUGAGUGCGGCAAGACCUUCAGCUGCAGCUCACACUUCAACAAGCACCGGCGCACCCACACUGGCGAGAAGCCCUUCCGUUGCCUGCACUGCGGGAAGAGCUUCAACGUCAGCUCCAAUCUCUACCGCCACCAGCGGGCCCAUGCCGCCGAACGGGUCUGCCCACGCCCUGAGAGCUCCCCACCACCGGUGCCAGCCAGUGCCCCUGCCCCCGCUACCCCUCGGCCCCGGGGGCUGCCCUAUAAGUGCGAGGAGUGUGGCAAGAGUUUCCGGCGCAACACGGAACUGGUGACCCACCAGCGGCUGCACACGGGGCGCCUGCCCUUCCAGUGCUCCCACUGCGGGAAGAGCUUCUCCUGGAGCUCCCACUUUGACCGGCACCAGCGCAUCCAUACCGGUGAGAAGCCCUACCAGUGCCCCGAGUGCGGGAAGUGCUUCAGCCGCAGCUCCCACCUCUACCGGCACCAGCGCACCCACGCCGGGGGCCGCUCCUACAUCUGCACCUACUGCGGGCGCAGCUUCAACAGCACCCUGCACUUCGACCGGCAUCAGCGCACCCACACUGGUCUGCGUCCCUACAAAUGCACCCUGUGCGGCAAGGGCUUUGGUGAUGGGCUGGCCCUGGUCAAGCACCAGCGCCUGCAUCUGGGGGACGGGCCCUUCCACUGUGAAGAGUGCGGCAAGAGCUUCGGGGCAAGGGCGCAGUACGCCCGGCACCGGCGCAGCCUGCACAGCACUGCCGCUGGCAGCACCGGUAGCGAGAAGCCCUAUCGCUGCAGCGACUGUGGCAAGAGCUUCUCCUGGAGCUCCCACUGGGAGCGGCACCAGCGUAUCCACACCGGGGAGCGCCCCUACCAGUGCAGUGACUGCGGCAAGCGCUUCGGCCGCACCUCCCACCUCUACCGGCACCAGCGCACCCAUGCUGGCGGUCAGCCCCAUGUCUGCGCUGACUGCGGCAAGAGCUUCAACAGCACCCUGCACUUCCACAAGCACCGGCGGGCCCACGCUGGUGAAGCCCCCUGCCACGCCUGUCCCGACUGUGGCAAGGCCUUCGCCGAUGGCUCCGCUCUGGCCAAGCACCGGCGCACCCACACCGGAGAACGGCCCUUCCCUUGCCCCCAGUGUGGCCGGCGCUUCAGCGUCAGCUCCCACCUGUACCGCCACCUGAGGAGUCAUGCUGAGGAGAAGCCACUGGAGGAGAUUGCGUCCUACUAGAGAUCAGCUCCUCUUCCCCCUUUGCUUGGGAGAGGAAUCCCCCAUGCUGGAGGUUUAGCUCACUGGGACCUGGCCGCCCCUCUCUGGGCACGGGAGUGAACUCCGUGCACUACCAGCCAGAGCAUUAGUGGGGCUUUCCUCACAGGGACCUGGCUAUGGGGAUCGCUGACCCUCAGGGGUAGCUGAGACCUCUAGGAGAGCAGCAGGCAGCCCUGUUGUGGGCACCUUGGGGCCACAGGAAAGGGCUCAGUGUAAGGUCCCAAUCUGGAGCCCCUUGAAGGGCUCCACAUCAAUGGGGUCUGGAUCAGGCCCUGAGGAUAUAGGUAGAUAAGGUAGAUUAGGUAGGUAGGGUAGGUAGGAGGUAGAGCAGAGUGGUGGCAGUGCUAGGGGGCUGGGUGGGGUGGAAAUAAGAGAGGGAAAUGGUGUGGGAUUGAGGGUGUAUUACCCUCUCGCUCACUGUGGUGUAAAUCAGGAGUAAGCCCACUAGAGUCAUUGGGGCUGAUUCCCCUCUCACUCACCCCAGUGUAAAUCUGGAGUAACCGCAUCGGAGUCACUGGGACUGAUUCUCCUCCCCUCACCCUUGUGUAAAUCAGGUGUAGACCCACUGGAGUCCCUGAGACCAAUUCCCCGCUUGCUCACCCCAGUGUAAAUCAGGAGUAGCCCCACCGGAGUCACUGGGGCUGAUUCCCCUUCUCACUCACGCCAGUAUAAAUCAGGAAUAGCCCCACCGGAGUCACUGGGGCUGAUUCCCCUCUCACUCAUGCCAGUAUAAAUCAGGAGUAGCCCCACUGGGGUCACUGGGGCUGAUUCCCCUCGCUCAGCCCAGUGUAAACCAGGAGUAACCCCACUGGGGUCAGUGCAGUUACAGGAGUGUGAGGCGACUCAGGCACUGAGCACCUGCAGGCUGGGGCGAAUGAGUGAUCAGAGAUGGGUCAGGAGGCAGUAUCUGGGGAUCAAGUAGGUGGGGCAGGAGAUGACAAGAAAGAUGGGAGCCAGAGGGGGAGGGGAAAUGAAGUGUUUGGGGAUCAGGGUGGCUGUGUGGUGGGCGCAAGAGAGGGCUGUGGCUGAUGGAGGACUGGCAUGUCUGUGGACUGGGCUGGUGGGGCAGACCAUGGCACUGCUAGGGGUCUCCAAGCUGAGGAGGACGGGACCAAGUUUACUGCCACUCCUUUUCUGGGUUUCCAUGCCCUAUCCCCUGCCUCUUGAUCAA